CUAUGCCCCUCCUGCAAUGCCUGCCUGCAGGAUGCCUCCCAGGGACAGUCCUCAGGGCUCUGUGCCUGGGAAAGGUGGUCCACCUCCAGGGUGUCAGGACCUCCAGCAUGCCUCUGCCUUGGGCUCAGCCUUCCUCCCUUAACCCCUCUGACCACAUCUGUCAAACCAGGCAAUGCCCGUUCUGCUUACUGCCUGGGCUGUGGUGAGCAUUAGGACAGCCAGUGGGCAAAAAGGAGGCUGGUAAACAGCCUGUGGCUCUGCAAACCCAAGGGAGGUGAAACAGCCUCAGUCCCCCUGGCAGGGUCCAGGGACAGGCUCCAGCUCUGUGUCCCCGGCUGCUGCGUUCGGAUGUAGAACUCAGCUGCCGAGCGCGUGUCGGUCACAAGACCACUCCUUCACCUUCCCCAGGGGUGCGUCCAUCUCCCUCCUGCCUUUGAACUUCCCCAGUUCACUUCUCAGGUAAAGAUGCAAAAAGGAAGUCUGGAUUCACCACCACCACCACCACCCCCCAUCCACGCUGUCCCUUCUCUCCACGUAACUUUGACGCACAAACCUUAACCCUGAGGCUCCCAGAGGCUCUGCCAGGGCUCUCGCUCGCUCGUCUGGCUGCAGUGCACGGCUGGCCAGCUGCUUGCUUGCUCUGGAGCCAGAUACAUUGAUCAUGAGGAAAAUCGCUGAGAAGUGUCAAGAGAGUCAAGCAGGUUCCGUCUUGGCAUCCCCAGAAGCUUCAACUCUGGAGGCGAUGGGCCGAAAGGAAGAUGAGGACUGCAGCUCCUGGAAGAAGCAGACCACCAACAUCAGGAAAACCUUCAUCUUCAUGGAAGUGCUGGGAUCAGGAGCUUUUUCGGAAGUUUUCCUGGUGAAGCAAAGGAUGACUGGGAAGCUCUUCGCCCUGAAGUGCAUCAAGAAGUCGCCGGCCUUCCGGGACAGCAGCCUGGAGAACGAGAUCGCUGUGCUGAAAAAGAUCAAGCAUGAGAACAUCGUGACCCUGGAGGACAUCUACGAGAGUGCCACGCACUACUACCUGGUCAUGCAGCUCGUUUCUGGUGGGGAGCUCUUUGACCGCAUCCUGGAGCGGGGUGUGUACACUGAGAAGGACGCCAGCCUGGUGAUCCAGCAGGUCUUGUCAGCGGUGAAGUACCUCCACGAGAACGGCAUCGUCCACAGAGACUUAAAGCCUGAAAACCUGCUGUACCUCACUCCUGAAGAGAAUUCUAAGAUCAUGAUCACAGAUUUUGGUCUAUCCAAGAUGGAACAGAGUGGAGUCAUGUCCACUGCCUGUGGGACCCCAGGCUAUGUUGCUCCAGAAGUAUUGGCCCAGAAACCUUACAGCAAGGCUGUGGAUUGCUGGUCCAUUGGCGUCAUCACUUAUAUAUUGUUGUGUGGGUAUCCUCCUUUCUAUGAAGAAACUGAGUCUAAGCUCUUUGAGAAGAUCAAGGAGGGCUACUUUGAGUUUGAGUCCCCAUUCUGGGAUGACAUUUCUGAGUCAGCCAAGGAUUUUAUUUGCCACUUGCUGGAGAAGGACCCAAAUGAGCGGUACACCUGCGAGAAGGCCUUGAGGCACCCCUGGAUUAACGGAAACACAGCCCUCCACCGGGACAUCUACCCAUCAGUCAGCCUUCAGAUCCAGAAGAACUUUGCCAAAAGCAAAUGGAGGCAAGCCUUCAAUGCGGCAGCCGUGGUACACCACAUGAGGAAGCUGCACAUGAACUUGCACAGUCCGGGCGUCCGCCCAGAGGUGGAGAACAGGCCUCCCGUCAAUCAAGCCUCAGAAGCUUCAAGACCCAGCUCCCCUGAGAUCACCAUCACUGAGGCCCCCGCCCUGGACCAGAGGGCGGCACUCCCUGCCCUGACCCGGCUACCCUGCCAGCACAGCCCCCGGCCCGCCACCCCAGGCCCCAAGUCCCUCAACUGCCUGGUCAAUGGGUCCCUCCGCAUCAGCAGCAGCCUGGUGCCCAUGCAGCAGGGGCCCCUCGCCGUCGGGCCCUGUGGCUGCUGCUCCAGCUGCCUGAGCAUCGGGAGCAAAGGGAAGUCCUGCUACUGCUCCGAGCCCACACUCUUCAAAAAGGCCAACAAAAAACAGAACUUCAAGUCCGAGGUCAUGGUGCCAGUCAAAGCCAGCGGCAGCUCCCACUGCAGGGCGGGGCAGACCGGAGUCUGUCUCAUCAUGUGAUCUCUGGGGGCCGUGCCUGUGUCACUGCAAUUUUCAGGAGAAACUGUCAGCUCGUCUCUGCCCUUCAGAACCUGGGGUCUACCGUGCAGCAGGAGGAAGGGGAGCAAGUGGAGCAGGGCCUGGCGGGGACAGUCUCUGAUGAGAAGCAGCCAACUGCUGCCGCCUGGGGCAGACCCUCACCAGAGGCCCCGGCGUGAGCCUCCAGGGGCAGAGGUCUCUCAGAAGCUGCAGGCAGGAGGAGUGGCGUCUGCUGGCCUCCAGAUCUCCCUGACCCGCCUGCUCUGCGCCCCACACCCUACGUGCCGUGGUCCGUGCAGUGUGCGUAGAUAGCCCCUCCCCAGGUCUGUGUUGUUUGUCGUGAAAAGCUUAACAGGCUGGCCAGGCUGUGUCACCUUCAGAGCAAAGCCAUAAGGAGCAUCGGCCCAGACUCCUUGCUCAGCACAUACUCGUUUCUGCCUCUCAGGCCUCCGUCCUCACAGCCAGAAUGGACUGGCCCAUCAGUGUAGUUGUCUGCCCAUCUGCAUGAAUGACAGGCAGCUCCACGAUCUGCCUGUGAGCUCCCAAAAUUUGAAUCCUUCACUCCAGGAUUAGCUCCCAACUGUGCCAAGCUCCCACCAGCGUACCCUGGCCCACUUCUGAGCCUCCUCCCGCCCUGCCCCUGUCCAAAGGUGGUGCCACACCCCCCCAGAAGAAAAAGUUAGAAAUCUGAGGCUAAGUACUGUAAGGAGUUAGGAUCCUGGCCAGAUGCCCUCCACACACGCCCAAUUAAGGAAAAAUUGGGAGCUGACUGUUCUCAUUUCAGCAGUAAUUCUAAUCCUGCCUCUGCUCCCCUCUCUCUUCCUGAAAGUCAGGUGCAUCAUUCUCGCCCCUCCGCAGUUUUCUUGCCACCUGACCUCUCACACCAGCUUCAUGCUCAGUGUUGUGCUCAGUAAAAUGGACAUAUUUUUCUCUA